CACCAAUACUUCCGCAUGACGAAGGAGCAGUUUGACGACCUGUUGAGCCGUGUGGGACCGCGCAUCGCCAAGCGCAACACAAGGAUGCGCGCAGCCAUCGAGCCGGGGGAGCGUCUGUGUAUCUGUCUCCGUUACCUGGUGACCGGGGACUGUUACAAGACCAUCGCCUUCAGCUUCAGGGUGGGUGUGACCACGGUGUCCAACAUCAUUGGAGAGGUGUGCCAGGCCAUCUGGGACUGUCUGGUGGAGGAGUUCAUGCCGGUGCCGACCAAGCAGGACUGGAGUGCCAUCGCUGAGGGAUUCCUGCAGAGGUGGAACUUCCCAAACUGCUUGGGAUCCAUCGACGGCAAGCAUGUGGUCAUCCAGGCUCCCCCCAGGUCAGGAUCCAAGUACCGCAACUACAAGAAUGCCUUUUCCAUCGUGCUUCUUGCAGUUGUUGACGCAGAGUACUUGUUCCGGAUGGUGGAUGUGGGUGCCUAUGGCCGCAACAGCGACGGUGGCACACUGAACAACUGCCCAUUCGGCGAGGACCUGAAGGAUGGCAAGCUGGACCUCCCAGGUGACUGUGUCAUCACCGGAGCGGAACAUCUGGGGAAGCUGCCACAUGUUUUUGUGGGGGACGAGGCCUUCCCCCUCCGGCGGAACCUGCUGCGCCCUUUCCCCGGCACCCACCUGAGCAGGGAGAGGAGAGUUUUUAACUACCGCCUCAGCCGUGCCAGGCUGACCGUUGAGUGUGCCUUUGGCAUUCUCGCCAGCAGGUGGAGGAUGUACCGCCGUUCCAUCACCCUGUCGCCUGAAAAAGCAGAGCUGUGCGUAAAGGCCACCUGUAUCCUGCACAAUUUCAUUCGGGUGACGGGAAGACACACAGGGGCCAGGCCUGUCGUCAUGGAGGAGGGUGAGGAUGAGCUUGUGCUGCACGAUCUGACCCAGCUUGGCACCAACAAUGCAGCCAGAGCUGCCAUUCGGGUGAGGGAGACCUUCGCAGGCUACUUCAGUGCAGAGGGGGCUGUUCCUUGGCAGGGGGAUGUGUAG